GCCCCGCUAAGCCCUGGCUGUCGACCACAGGGCACCGACGGAGUUGCAGUGCUCCUCCGUGGGCCGCGUAGGCUUCGGGGAGCAGCCCGCGGGCCCUCGGGAGCCGGUGAAGGCGCAGAAAAGUUGGAUCCCAAUCUGCACUGAGUGGAGCUCCCGCGCCCCAACCUUCAGGUGACCCCGCGCGGCGUCGGCGGCGGCGGCGGCAGCAGCGGCGGCGGCGACCAGAGCCCGGAGCCCGCAGCGGCUCGGAGCGCCUCCGGCAGGAGAGGAAGCGAGUUCGGCGAAGCGUCACCGCCUGCCGAGCGCGCGCCGGCGGGCCGGGGCAGGGGGAGAAGUGGGAGAGCGGGACGCCGUGCAGCCGGGGCCGGGUGGCCCGCGAGCGCGGACCUCGCCGAGCGCUGUGGUCCCCCUCCCGCCGCCUGUCAACGCUGGAGGUGUGCGUGGCUGCGGUGGCUGCGGCGGCCGCGGCCAGAGCCACGAGUCGGGGCCGCCGGGGCUGCGCGUCGCUGGGGCAGCGGCGGCGGCUGCCGCGCCUGUGGCUCAGGAUGCGGCCGGGGAGCGCGCUGUUCGCCCUGCUCGGCAGCCUCCUGCUGCUGCGCCUGCUCUGGGGCUCGACCACCGCACCCGCUCGCCGCAGGCUCUUGGUGGAGAAAAGCAGAGAAGCCACCCAUGGUAUCCCGGUAGCGCUGAGGACGCUCAGGAGCCCGGGGACCCCGCCGCCUCGCGCCACAACUAACAGCACCUAUCUGAGUAAGUUGCUCCAGCCAACGGAGAGGUGCACGAAUCUGCAAGAUGGCUUCCAGACGCUCUCUAACAAGACGAAAAGGUAUUCAGAGGAUGACUAUCUUCAGAUUAUCACAAAUAUACAGAGCUGUCCAUGGAAACGACAAGUAGAAGAAUAUAAGGAUUUCAGGGCAAAACUUGCUUCCUGUUGUGACGCUGUGCAAAACUUCAUUGUUUCUCAAAAUAACACUCCAGUCGGGACUAACAUGAGUUACGAGGUGGAAAGAAAAAAUGCAAUCCUAAUUAGAAAGAGCAUUUUUAAUAUGUUUCCAGUGUCGCAGCCUUUUGUGGAGCGCCCUUACAAUCAGUGCGCGGUGGUCGGGAACGGGGGGAUUCUGAAUGCGUCUCUCUGCGGAGCUGAAAUAGAUAAGUCUGACUUCGUUUUCAGGUGUAACCUUCCCCCAACAACAGGAAAUGUUAGUAAAGAUGUUGGCAGUAAAACUAACCUUGUGACCAUAAACCCCAGUAUCAUAAGACUAAAAUAUGGGAACCUAAACGAAAAGAAAGCAGUAUUUCUAGAGGACAUCGAAGCCUAUGGAGAUGCAUUUCUUCUGCUGCCAGCGUUUUCCUUCAGGGCCAACACCUUUGCCUCUUUUAAAGUGUACAGCACACUGGAAGAGUCUAACGCAAGACAAAAGGUUAUAUAUUUCCAUCCCAAGUACCUGAGGAAUCUUGCCCUCUUCUGGAGAACUAAAGGCGUGACAGAGUACCGCCUGUCCUCUGGCUUGAUGAUCACGAGUGUGGCCAUUGAGCUGUGUGAGAACGUGAAACUGUAUGGAUUUUGGCCCUUCUCUAAAACUAUGCAGGACACACCUGUCAGCCAUCACUACUAUGACAACAGUUUGCCUAAACGUGGUUUCCAUGAGAUGCCCAAGGAAUACAGCCAAAUUCUCCAACUUCACAUGAAAGGAAUCCUCAAAUUACAAUUUAGUAAAUGUGAAAUAGCCUAACCAAAGUGACUUAAAGUGGGAAUCAUUGUAAUGUAAUGCUAUAGGUGAGUAACAAUGUUUCUGAACACAAAAACUGGUGGUCGUAGGGUAUAACAGGAGGAGCCCAUACUUAGUUUGAUCAAAACUCCCCACAAAGUGUGCAACCCCAGCAACUCAUUCAGUUGUUCUGAUCUUCAGUUUCCCUGACUGUAUAAUGGGGACCAGGAUAUCUAACUCAUAUUAGGA